AUGAAUCAGGCUGUGAAAUCUCAAAAAGAGGCAGUAAACUCUCCCUCUCAAGCCAUUACCAAAAUAAAAACUCAGCCUGGACAGAUGACUAAAACCCUCAACAGGUUGGAAGAAGGGAAGAUUCCAAGCCCCUCUAAUCUGAAGCAAGUCCAAGCUAUCACGACACUGAGGAGUGGGAAAAUGUUCGACAAUCAUGUGGAAGAUACAAAGGAUGAGCAAACUGAGGCUCCACAAAAUCUAUAUCAGGACAAAGGUAAGCAAGUAAGCAUUGUGGCAUCUUCAUCAUCUGCUCUCACUCCUGAAUUAUCAUGUGAGCCCUGGGUCCCGUUCCUAGAGCGUCUCAAGGCACCCUCCCACUUUUGGAAACAAGGAAAGAAAAUACAAGACAUGAUGGAGAGGAAAAAUCGGAAGCGCAUUCCUAAGAAAGUCCUUUUCACCGAGCAAGUGAGCUCCUUGAUUCAGCAUAGCACUCCUCCAAAGUUCAAUGACCCUGGAGCUCCUACAAUUUCAUGCAUCAUCGGAAACAUUGAGAUUGAGAAAGCUUUCCUCGGCUUAGGAGCUGGUGUGAAUCUGCUUCCAUACUCGGUUUAUCAACAACUUGGCUUAGGGGAACUAAAACCCACAAAUAUUGUCCUGCAAUUGGUUGACCGAUCUAUCAAGAAAUCCCUAGGGAUUGUGGAGGAUGUCAUCAUCAAGGUGGACAAGUUCUACUUCCCAGUUGACUUCAUAGUUUUGGACACAGAACCGGUUCCAAAUCCAGAGAAGUAG